UGCGCCGCGGAGCGCCCCAGGAGCUGCAGCAGCGGACCGCGGUCAUCGCCCAGGACCCGGGAACAGCCUGCUGCUCGCGCGCCUCGAGGCGGCGACCUCCGCCACGGCCCCGCCACUCCUGGAGGGCGGCGCCAUGCCGCCUGACAACGCGUCGGACGCGCGGUGGAUCGCGGAGCGCGCGGAUGACCUCGAGGGCAGCUCGCCGAGCGCGUCGCGCGCUGCGCCGAGCCUCGCGGACCGCCUGCCGCAGGCGGCAGCAGCGCUCGUCGAGGCGCACGAGCGGGUCGGUGCCGUGCGGAGGCCGCCGGCCGCCGCCUCGGUCUCGAGGGACUGGAGCAGGUCGGUGCCCGCGCUGAGCAGGUCCGCCUCCGCGGAGAGCCGCGCCCGCCCGCGCGUGGUCGUGGCCACCACCGACAUGGGCGGCGAGGCGCCCAGCCGGGCCAGUGGCGCUCGGAUCGUCAGGGCGGUCACGGUCCGGAGGUCCACCUCCGUGGAGGGCCGCGCCUCCGCGCUGCGCGCGGCGGCCUACGCCCCUCGCCCUGCGUGCCAGGACGCCGUGGCGCCUCCGCUGCCCGCCGGGCUGUCGGGGGCGCCCCUGGCUGGGCGGCUGUGUCGCGCGGCCUCGGCGCCGUCGCUGGGGCGCAGGCUGGCCGCGGCCCGCGCCGCGGCGCCCGCCCCUGGCGGUGCGGCCGAGGCGACGACCCCCAGCGCCUCCCAGCCGCGGCUGCUGGUGCUCAGCCC